CGUGAAUGAAUCAUUCUAACAAUUGCCGUCGCAUUCUGUAAACAUAAUCACGGCCACAGCGCCGACUAGAUCUAAUUAGCAUAGAAUGUCAUUUAACAGCGUAAUCGUGGCGAGUCGAGCGCGUGUUGCAUAAUCGUGUCGCGCACGUGCAUCGGCGACGUUGCGCCUGAUUGUGAGCGUGGAGCGAUAACGCGUUCUCUCACCUAGUCCUCGCGACAACGGCGACAAGUGUAAAUCGUAACGUGUGUAAACCUCGCGUAACGUUUACAAAUUUCUCUCCCGUCCCUCGGUGCAGCCGGUCGGCGCUGAGAACAACGCGGCUAUUGUGCCGCAUCGUCAGGCGGUUCGGGGACGCCGGCGUCAUAAGAUAAUUUCGAAAAAAAAAUGGGUUACACGCUCUUAUCUGCCCCGACGGGCUUUACGACGACCCGACGGGCCCGUCGGGCGACGACCGACGGCGUCGCCGACUUUGUUGCCGCGGUCGGACAACCUGGCACGUAAAGUUGCUGGGGAAAAGUCGUGAUCGUGAUAAGUGCUUAAAGUUUAGUUCGAAAGAAAAAGACCGUGUAAGACCCGCGAUACGAAGUCUCCUGAUAUAUAGCCUAGCAUUUCGCAUAGCUUGUCGGAGAUAUAAUUCUCGUUAUUGAUAAGGGUUUCCGCGAUUGCUACCCCGCGACUGUUUUAUGCGUUCGAAUGCGCGAAGUGCACAACCGCAUGUCGGUAGGACCGAUGCCGGGGAAGGCCGAGCGAGUUGCAUACAUUUAGAUACCGCUCGACGAAAUCGAGAAAUCAUUCAUGAGAUCGGCCGCAACAGGGUCACUGUGUCGCUUAAUCUCGAUAUAAAUUGCAAUACAGUUUCUCGGAUUCGCGAUCGUAUCGAUUGCGUUUCAACAUCACGGCUGAUCGCCACGCAAGGAAUUAACAUAAAGCCUCAAGGGUUAGCUUUUAAAGAUCGAUUCUAGCCCUGAUGAUGCUGAGCACGGCCGGUGUCUCGUCCUCCCAUAUGCCUGAAAAGUAUCCCAUAGAAGUAUAUCAUAUGUUACAAGAAAGAACGCAGUUUGGAAUUAGCCAUGACAACAGGAUAAGAGGGACUUGGGGUACGUGGAGCUCCUGGAGCGAGUGUUCCAGAUCUUGCGGCACUGGUAUCCAGUCUCAAUUUCGAGAAUGCGUCCCACGGAGACGUUUGAGAAGACGAAGUAUUAUCUCGGAGAACGGUACGAGCAGCGGCAGGCCUAUCUGUGUCGGCAUAUACAGACGCUACCACACGUGCAAUACGCAGGAAUGCCCGAACUUCCCGGAAGACUUGCGGGCGGAACAGUGCGCCAAGUACAACGGGAGGAACUACAAGGGCCGCAGUUACGUCUGGGUGCCCUUCGUGGACGCGCCGAACUCCUGCGCGCUCAAUUGCCGUGCAGUCGGCGAGCCUUUUUACGCAACGCUUGAACCGGCAGUAAUAGACGGCACGCCCUGCGAUGCUCCGAAUCUUCGCGGACGCGGCGGCAGCGGCGGUGGUGGCGGGAUUUCGACGGAACGCAACAGCGAACGAUGGCUCUGCGUCGCCGGACAAUGCAAGCCUGUAGGAUGCGACGGCGUGGUGGGUUCCGAUGCGACGAUGGACGCCUGCGGCGUGUGCGGUGGCCAAGGCAGAGGGUGCAGGCUGUACGAGGGCAUCUUCCUGGAGCCGAUUCUGUCCAAGGGUCAUCAGCAGGUGACCACGAUUCCGAAGGGCGCAAUGUCGCUCAACAUUUCCGAGCUCCGAUUCAGCAGUAAUUUUCUAGCGUUGAGAGACAGUAACGGCAGUUACAUCCUAAACGGACCGUGGUCUUACAGUCCCAGUGGUACUUAUAAAGCGGCUGGUACGACAUUAACAUACCAGAGGGGCGAUAGGAACCGUAUGGAGUGUAUCUUGGCGACCGGACCAUUGAACGAGUCUCUGCAUUUAGAGAUCUUAUCCGUGGAAUUAAAUCCGGGCGUUUUGUACAAGUACAUGCUACCUACGAAGGAAGUGCCGGACGAUAAAGCGGUAAUUGCACCGCCGCUGCUUGUCGCAGGAGCAAACGAUCGGGGCAACGAGAUACCUAGUCCAGAUACUCACGUGACCGUGCGAGUACCCGUUACAAGAAUAUCGGAUCGGCGAAGCGAUUCAUCUCCAACGCGUCGCGAUCGCGAUCCACCGCGCGCGCACGACGGCGAACGGAAGGAAGAGAUGAAGCAUCCACCGACCACGGUGAUGGCGGGCGAUCAGCCAAAGUCAAAGGCGACGAGAAAGAAGAAGAGGAGGAAGUUCGCCUGGAAAAUAGUCGGCCUCUCUCCGUGCUCGAAGGAAUGCGGGGGAGGCGUGCAGAUGAUUAUCCUGAAGUGCAUUCACGAGAUCAAUCAGACACCCGUCAAUGAAAAACGUUGUCGCAACGUGGAAAAGCCGAAGCAUUCUCCUCCGCUGCGAUGCAACGAUCAUCCUUGCGCCGCCAGGUGGCGAGCUGAGCCGUGGAGUGAGUGCUCGGUCACCUGCGGGGUCGGUACCAAGACGCGAAAACUCGAAUGCGUUCAGGAGCUGAACGCGAGAUUGACAAUGCGCGUUGCUGCUGGCGCGUGCAUGCAACCGCCAGAGCUGAGCACCACAGAAACUUGCAGCCGGAUGGCAUGUCCCAACGUGGGCCCAGAACUGAGACACAUGCCCUCGCAGCACGACGCGCCCAGGUGGGACGUGGGCGCUUGGGGUCCGUGUUCGGCGACGUGCGGCCGUGGAAUUCGAAAUCGAACGGUGACCUGUAUAACGCCCGGGGAGUCCUGUUCGUUAAUCAACAAGCCGGAAUCUCAAAAAGCGUGUGAAGUAGUGGCUUGUAGUGCGACAACGAGACAUCACCCCGGAACAGCGCCCUGGUUGUACUCGGAAUGGUCUUCAAAGUGCUCCGCCGAAUGUGGAAAUGGCGUGAGGAUCAGACGAGUGGCAUGCGCUGACGGUAGCGAGUUAUUCUGCAAUCCCAAAGAGAGACCAGACACGGAGAUGCAUUGCUUCGGACGAGGGACGAGCUGCGACCGAGCCAAAUGGUUCGCCAGUCCAUGGACUUCCUGCUCUGUUUCGUGCGGCGUUGGCGUGCAAUAUCGAGACAUCGCUUGCAUAACCAGAACGGAUAAUGACUUUGUCGUGCUACCUGCAAAAAAUUGCAGCGAUCCCAAACCAGCGACUGAGCAAGCUUGCAGGAUGUCCGCGUGUUUGCCGGAAUGGUUCACCUCAAAUUGGUCGACGUGUUCCGCAACAUGUGAAACUGGAGUGCAAACACGACUUGUACGGUGCAUCGUCGAAGGUAUUAGCAGCACCAGUUGCUCGGAAAUCAACAAACCAAGCGCGGAGCAACGAUGUAACAUGGAGCCGUGUAAGAAGGAGAUUCCAGUGGCGAACAAACCACCCAAAAAGGUGCACGAGUCGUCCGAGUGCGUGGACAAGUAUCCGAAUUGCGUUUUAGUGGUAAAGAAUGGUCUGUGCCGAAUCAAAUAUUACAAGCAUUCGUGUUGCCAAUGCCGUCAGUAGCUGGGACAGCAGCUUUGCGCUCGUUUGCGAUUUUGCGACUGCGAGGCUGACGAGAGCGCGAUCGUUGAAUAAAUUAUAUCGGAAUUAUAUCAGAUAUUAUAUCGGAAAGGGCAAAUUAUGCCGAGUGUAAGACUGCUACAAAGAGAGAUGACCACGUAUAUUAGAAAUAAUUUUAUUUAUAUUACGCGACGCGACAUCGGAUCACACGUGUCUUAGUCGUGCUUUUUUCUGCCGAAUGUAGCAUAAUUCUCGCGGAGCGGCAGAAUAAUUCUCUUCCCUUCUCUAUCUAUCGAUGAAUGUUUAGAACGAGGCGUUUGUUUCUUCUUGAUAGUUUGAAUAUGAGUAUUAGAGUAAAUUUUCGGAGAAAAACCACAGAAGCAAAAUAGAAUAACCGAAUAAGAAAUAAAUAAAAUAAUAAACUCUAGUAAAGGACGACAUGAUAUGCAAAAUUUAAAAAAGGAAUUUAAGAUGCGCUUUUAUCUAUGCGUUAAGAACGAAUCUUUCUGCGAAGAAGGCUUGGUCUCGAAGAAUCCCGAUUUUCCCGAGAAUCAAACCGUGGAGGGGUUCGUCAUGUUUUUGUAUUGUCAGGGUUUUGUGUGCAAUAAAUAUAUCUCGACGCGUGUACGGUACGCACGUGCAUUCACUUGUAUGGCAUAUGCAUGGGUUUACAUCGCGUGUGCAUGCGAGUUGAUAUCUGUGUUAUCGCCGCAGACGGGUGGGUCCGCCGUCAGUAGCUGGGGUUAAUUUUAUUGAUUGAUAGCGGCGCCUAUUCAAAUACCUUUAGCCCUGGUCCUUUUUACAUGCAGCAACGCGAUCUCAAUUUUUUUUUUAUUAAACGGCACGUUUAGCGUAUUCAAGCGGAAAGAACAUACGACGAUCUCAUUGUGUCUCAAGAGCUCAUACGAGAAAAAGAGAUAGAAAAUAUUUUUAUUUUCGUUUAACAUCUUAUUAGAUGAUAAAAUAUAUUGAACAGCUGUAUCUCGGAAUUUUACUUAAUUUUUUUAUUAAAUAGCAGAUUUUUUCAGUUUAUUACACGAAAAAAGGGAUUUCUUUGAAGAUUAGUUAAGUGAUUUAUAUACAAUACUUACAUAUUCAAGGCACUUGCUGCUUACUGUUUUAUUUCUGAAACAGCAGUGGAGUAAAAAAAUAGUAUACGCUAAAAUGUUAUCAUUUUAAUUUCAUUGUCGGUAUGUAUAUAAAAAAAUAUGAGGCUUUUAAUGUAUUUUUAAUUUGACAUUUACAUGUAAUGUACAUUGCAAACGCGACUCGAUUAAUAGAGUGGUAAUAAUAUUUUUCAAAGCGAAUACACGAGUCUGUAAAACAAGCCUCCCUUUGCAUGUGUGUUCGCACAAAACCUGCACGACUAUGAAAACCUUCUUUGCUGCUGCGCCCGCCUCUGCACCGUAUCGAAAGUGAAACGAGCUGAAAAGUUGAGUCUGCAUUCCGGAAUCAAUGUGAAACGAUGUUGUAAAAGGCGCCCUGUGCGCAAACUUGUGUUACAUAGACUGGAAAAUUCGCUGCCCGAUGAAAAAUUGGUUUUCUCUUUCCCUUGCGUUCCUGUGGGAAAGCACCCUCUCACAGGAACGUAGUUACAUUUUGCCGAAAUACGACAAUUCAUUCGACGACCAUUUAACGUGGAAACUUUUAUAACGACGAAGUUAAUAGAAGAAUCGACAACUUUUCUUUCUAGACACUUUUCUGUUAGCUAUUUUAUAAGUUGGCGUAAGAAUUUAUAAUCGAUCUAUAGAAACUGCGCGACGAGAAAUCCAUUUUUCAAAAUUAUUCGCGAGCUCUCGACGAAGGCGUUACGAAUAUUAAAGUGAAUAUUGACAUACGAUUCUCGUUCUGCACACCUCGUUAUAUAUCAAGUAAAAUUAUUCGGAUAAGCGUGAUAAUAUAUACAGUAACGUAAUUGGGUAUACGCUUGUAUAUGUAGAAUAUAUGAAGUCGUCGUUAGAUGAUAAAUAUAUAUGUAUUAUUGUGUAUAUUUCGAUGUCGAGAUAAAAAAAGUUAAGAGUCUUCGAUCCAUAUCGCUAUCACGUAUUAGUUCGAUGUUGGACUCGUAUUUAAUUGCGCCGUUAAGAACAGAGCUAUACGGAUUAAUUAAUUAUCUGUCAAUUGAGCUCUUUGGUUCUGCCAGCUCCAAGGAAUUGUUCGGAUGCUUUCUAUCGAAUAGUAUUCCUCUAGAGCAUAGCCUGCGUAUCGCUCAGAUUUUCUAUUUUUACAGCAAUUACAAGUUAUUUACACAAAA